UGCGCGCCGCCGCCGCCGCUAGGGGCCGCGCUGGCAGCCGCCGGCGGAGCCAUAAAAGGCGGCAGCGGCGGCGGCGCCGCGUGCUCGGUCUGCCCGCGUCCGUGUGUCCGCGCGUCGCUGCCCGCCCGCGGCAUGUUGGCGCUCUGCGCCGCCCGCCGCCUGCUCCGCCCGCCCGGGGACCUGCUGGCGCUGGCGGCCGCGGCCCGCGGCUGCAGCUCGGGCGGCGCCGGCCCGCGGAACCCGCUGGUGUACCUGGACGUGGGCGCCGACGGGCAGCCGCUGGGCCGCGUCGUCCUGGAGCUGAAAGCUGAUGUGGUUCCAAAGACAGCAGAAAACUUUAGAGCUCUUUGUACUGGUGAAAAAGGCUUUGGGUAUAAAGGAUCCACGUUUCACAGAGUGAUUCCUUCAUUUAUGUGUCAGGGUGGUGACUUUACAAACCAUAAUGGGACAGGUGGAAAAUCCAUUUAUGGCAGCAGAUUUCAAGAUGAAAAUUUCAUACUUAAGCAUAUAGGACCUGGUGUUCUUUCAAUGGCCAACGCAGGACCCAAUACAAAUGGAUCUCAGUUCUUCAUUUGCACUGCAAAAACUGACUGGCUAGAUGGAAAACAUGUUGUUUUUGGGCAUGUAAAGGAAGGAAUGGAUGUUGUGAAAAAAAUUGAGAGCUUUGGCUCCAGAAGUGGAAAGACCUCCAAAAAGAUUGUCAUUACUGACUGUGGCCAGCUGUCGUAACCUAUUGCCUACCAUUCAGGACAACUUAAAUACUGUGAAAAAUGAAUCAUAAAAAAGCAUUUCUGAUCCCACAAGCAGCACCUAUGGAGCCAUUUAACUUGAGAUUUUUUUAACAUUAACAUUUUACCAUGGGGCUAUUUAACUUGGUCCUGCUUUUAUACUUCGAUUGAAUACUACUGAUUAAAAACAAUAACCAAAACACAUUUUUAACUGAGCUACCCUGGUAGUGAUUGCUGCACAGGUUUGAUAAAAAGCCCAAUUGCAUUUUGAGAAGUGCAGUUACCGAGAAGCAUAUGUAACUGCAGUGUCAGUAUCAGUAUUUGGAUGAUUCAGCUGUUAGAACAAGUGGUGAAGUUGGCAACUAAGUGUAACUGGUCAAGAUAAAAUUGAGAACUGUCAUGUUUCCUUUGGUGCUAAUAUGGCUAUUCUGCUGUAUGUCUCCUCAUAUUGGAAAAGUAUGUUGCCUAGUGUUCUCGAGGCUAUCUGCAACAAGACUGACACAUUUUAUCACUAAGACUUAAUGUGAGUCCAUAUUUAAACCAGUAGAAUUGAUGUGUGUAGUUGUGGGGGGUUUUAUGCAAAUUAAUUUAUGUAGUCUCAGACCACUGGUUCCUUUAAAACUGUGUUUUUUCCAUAUCUGCUUCAAUGGAGCAGUUUGACUUUGGGUUAAGUAAAUUGCUUAAAGUUGAGCUGGCCUACUACCACAGUUCUACCUGUUGGUAAGACCACAAACUAGCCAAAACUAAUCAUGGGACUUUUUUUUAGUGGAACUGUGAACUAACCUGAAGUACUGCUCUGACCUAAGGUCUGAUCCUGUGAGGAAUACAGUACAGUUCUCAAUAGUAGGCUGCUUUGGCACCCUCAGAAUAAAUUCAGGGUAUAAUGUGUUUGCUUGAAUGUAAAAUAGUCUUUUUUGCUGCUUUUUUUUCCUAUUGGUCCUGUGAAGUCGACCCAGCUUGGGAAUUACUUGGAUUACGACUUCUCAUGCUUUGUAACAAAAGCUAAAAUUGGUCACUAUGGAAUCAGGGUCUCAUUGGAGCAGCAGAAUCAUGGUGGUUGAUCCACAAGAAAGAAAGAAUCAGAUAAACACAUUUCGUUUAUAUGAACUACUAUAUCUUAUGUGGAGUCCUUGAGCAAUAACGGACAUUAGAACUUGACAAUAUCGCUUUUAGAAUCACUAAAGCUAUAAAGUAUUAAUGCUGUGGAGGGAAAAAAAACACUUGAAUGUUUUCAUGUGAUUAUCUUCCUGUUACUGAAGAGAAAAACAAAAGGUGAAGGCUGUUUCCAAAUGUGAGUUUACUUCCAUUGCAUUCUGUUAAUAUGUGAGUUUAAAAUUAUUUUGCACUGGAAUUUUUUUCCACUGAGAUCUGCAUACUUCUGUGUUCAAGGUACUAUUCCAAGUGUAAUUUUAGAGAAAAAUGAAUUGAAAAGGCUUUUAUUCUUUCCACUAUAGUUGUUUCAUCUUUCUUUGUAGUAAUUUUGAAAUGUUAAUUUGUGCUAUUUUGCCUUACUUCAAUAUUGAUAUAACUGAUUUUUGUGUGUGUGCUCCCUUAAUUUGUAUAUGGAAAGUAAUUAAAAAUGGUUCUGUCACAAAAAA